GGAAAAUGUUCCGAGGCGAAGCGUCUCUUCGAGCGCUCGCUGGCUAUCACCGAGAAGGUAUAUGGUCGUGACCACUCGGAAGUGACAACCGUCCUUGACAACUUAGGGGGCCUGCUCAAGACCCUGGGAAUGUAUGCUGAGGCCGAGUCGCUGCACACGCGCUCGCUAUCCAUUAACGAAAGGGCUCACGGGAAGGACCAUCCCAAGGUUGCAACGGACCUCAACAGCAUGGCCGUACUGCUGAUCGAGCAGGGCAAUUACGCUGAGGCUAUAGCCUUGUACGAGAGCUCGCUGGCUAUCCAUGAAAAAGUGCAUGGCCGUCACCAUCCGGAGGUUGCGACAGUCCUUGACAACAUUGCGGAGCUUCUGAUGCAACAGGAGAUGUAUGAGGAAGCUGAGCCAUUGGUUGUGAGGUGUCUGACCAUAAGACAAAGUGCCCUGGGCCCAGAACAUCCGGAUGUGGCAUCGUCACUCCAAAGGCGGGCGUCGUUGCUAGACGUGCAGGGCAAACAUGACAAGGCCAAGCCCCUGUUGGAGCGCUCCGUGGCGAUCAACGAGGCUACGUUUGGCUCGGAGCAUCCCCAUGUCGUUGCAUCCCUCAACGAUUUGGCGGCGGUCUUGGAGAAGCAAGGCAAGUACGCAGAGGCGAAACCCCUCUACGAGCGAUUGCUUGCAAUCAACGAGAAGGCGCACGGUCCUGGCCACCAGGACGUUGCAACGUCGCUCAACAACUUGGCUGUGCUAGUCUGCGAGCAGGGAAACUACGACGAGGCUCGUCGCCACUUGGAAAGAGCUCUGCAGAUCAGGACUAAUGUCCUCGGGGAAAUGGGUCCAGAUACUAUCGAGAUCCGAGACACCCUAGAGUUCGUGCGGGACCAGAUUGAACCAGCUGAACCAGACGCCAAACGUCCCAGAGACCCUGAUGAUGCGCUGGAUGGGACGGAGCUUGAAGGGAAAAAGCGCAAGGGAGGCACAGAACCCACACCAUCUUCAGCAGCUACUCCUCGCGCAUCCCCAUCUGCACCUACGCAAGCGCUAGAAGCAUCAUGCGCGACUGCGGUCGAUCCGGAAACGACCAGGCAACUCGCCAAUACGCAAGACUAG